CUCCUGACCCUGACCCGUUUAUUGUCCGAAGGUUCCUGUCGAGAACGCACCACCGCCGGUUCCCCAUCCGCACUACUACCUACGACCUACGUACUCUCCCUCCAUCCUGAAACCCCCGCCUAGCAACGGAGCUCCCACGCUAUCCAAACCACCUGGAAGCUUGCCGAUUCACAUUCCACCGGAACUCCUGGCGCAAUCUCCUGCUCGAUUCCUGGCCAGGAAUUUUCAAGGGGCCCUAGGCGUGCUGCUCUGCCCUAGGCACGGUCGGCCAUCAUGUCCUACAACCGCUUGGGAGAACCUUAUGUGGAGGACGACGGUCACUCCCCAGUCAUGAAUCCUCACCACCUAAAUGCUCGUUCGCCGUCGCCCGGUCGGCCUUUAAACGCCUAUCAGCUGUCCGACAAUCCCUAUGGCAUACAAGAGCACCUGGAGAUGCCCUCCACUGAUCGCCUAGCAGAGCAACCAACGUACUCCGUCGAGAGACUGCCAAACUCCUACCGCCACAGCGAGCUCUACGAAGACCACCACCCGCAGGAAUACCCAGGGCUGGAAUACUCUGUAGACCCGGAGGCACACCACGACGCGUACUACACCCAACCCUACCAGCCGACAGUGCCGCCGCAUGAUGACUACGAUCUGGGGCAGUACCCGGAACAUCAGCAGCCCUACCAGGAUGAUCGCAUCCCCAUCCUACAAGAGCCCGAGAAUCCAUUCGGACCGGAUCCGUACGCGGAUGAGUUCGAGGAAGACACCGUCAUCUCGCCGACACCCGGGCCAGCGCCGGUUCGGCGAUGGAAGACCGUGAAGGAGGUGCCGCUCUUUGAUGGCAAUCUUGUGCUGGACUGUCCCAUUGCCCCCAAGCUGCUCAACCAGGUCCCGCACGCCGAACCUCCCGGUCGAGACGAGUUCACUCACAUGCGCUAUUCCGCCGCCACGUGUGACCCGGCAGACUUCUUCGAGGAGCGGUUCACUUUGCGCCAGAAGCUGUUUGCCCGCCCGCGGCAUACGGAGCUCUUUAUCGCCGUGACGAUGUACAACGAAGACGAUUUUCUGUUCGCCCGGACGUUGAUCGGUGUGUUCAAGAACAUCGAGUACAUGUGCUCGCGGACGUCGAGCAAGACAUGGGGCAAGGACGCGUGGAAGAAGAUCGUGGUCUGUGUCAUCAGCGACGGUCGUGCGAAGAUCAACCCCCGAACUCGUGCCGUCCUCGCGGCGCUGGGAUGCUACCAAGAUGGAAUCGCCAAGCAGCAGGUCAAUGAGAAGGACGUGACAGCGCAUAUCUACGAGUACACGACGCAGGUCGGUCUGGAAUUGAAGGGAACGCAGGUCCACAUGAAGCCCCGCUCUGGCGUGCCCGUGCAGAUGAUCUUCUGCUUGAAGGAAAAGAACCAGAAGAAGAUUAAUUCGCACCGCUGGUUCUUCCAGGCGUUUGGCCGCAUCCUUGAUCCCAAUAUUUGUGUGCUUCUGGACGCGGGUACGAAACCCGGAAAGGAUUCGAUCUACCAUCUGUGGAAGGCUUUUGACGUGGAGCCCAUGUGUGGAGGCGCAUGUGGUGAGAUCAAGGUCAUGUUGUCGCAUGGAAAGAAGCUGCUCAACCCGUUGGUGGCGGGGCAAAACUUCGAGUACAAGCUCAGUAACAUUCUGGAUAAGCCGCUAGAGUCUGCGUUCGGGUUCAUCUCGGUGCUGCCGGGUGCUUUCUCCGCCUACCGCUAUGUUGCUCUACAGAACGACAAGAACGGACAAGGUCCGCUGGAGCGAUACUUCCUGGGAGAGAAGAUGCACGGUGCUAAUGCCGGUAUUUUCACGGCGAACAUGUACCUAGCCGAGGAUCGCAUUCUGUGUUUCGAAAUCGUGUCGAAGCGUAACUGCCGCUGGCUGCUGCAGUACGUCAAAUCCUCCACCGGCGAGACGGACGUGCCGGAUCGGAUGGCGGAGUUCAUUCUCCAGCGUCGUCGUUGGCUGAACGGUAGUUUCUUCGCCGCGGUUUACGCCAUCGCGCACUUCUGGCAGAUCUGGCGGAGUGACCACAGCUUCAUCCGGAAGUUUAUGUUGAUGAUCGAGUUUGUUUACCAGACGAUCAACAUGCUGUUCGCUUGGUUUGGCAUUGGCAAUUUCUUCUUGGUUUUCCACAUCCUGACGGCGUAUCUGGGUGACUCCACCCUGUUGGGCACUGUUGGCAAAGUGCUUGGCGUGGUUUUCGAGUGGCUCUACCUCGCGACCUUAGUGACGUGCUUCGUUCUGGCCCUGGGAAAUCGACCCGGCGGGUCAAACAAGUUCUACAUGUCGAUGGUCUAUUUCUGGAUCUGCAUCAUGAUCUAUCUAGCAUUUGCCACAGUAUUCGUGACCGUGAAAUCGAUCGAGGAGCAGGUCGAGGACAAUGGGUUCACUUUUUCGGAUCUGUUCACCAACUCGACGUUCUUUUCGGUCAUCGUGUCUCUGGGAUCGACAUACGUCAUGUGGUUCCUUGCCUCGUUUAUCUUCAUGGAUCCCUGGCACAUGUUCACCUGCUUCAUCCAAUACAUCCUCCUCACACCGACCUACAUCAACGUGCUCAACAUCUACGCUUUCUGUAACACGCACGACAUCACCUGGGGAACCAAGGGCGACGACAAGGCCGAGAAACUGCCAUCCGCCAGCCUGAAACCCGGUGGCAAAGUCGACGUCAACAUCCCGCAGGACGAUGGCGACCUGAACGCACAGUACGAAGCGGAGCUGACCAAAUUCGCCAACAAGCCCCCCAAGGAGGAGAACAACGUCUCCGAAGAAGAGCGCCAGGCCGACUAUUACAAGGGAUUCCGCAGUGCGGUCGUCCUUGUCUGGGUCUUCUGCAACUUCGCCCUCGCCGCCGUCGUGCUCAGCGCCGCCGGUCUCGAGACCUUCAGCAACGACAACGACACCACCGAGAACACGCGCGCCACCAUCUACAUGGCCGUCGUGCUGUGGAGUGUGGCCGGCUUGUCCAUGUUCAAGUUCCUCGGUGCGAUGUGGUUCCUGGUUGUGCGCAUGUUCCGCGGUGUUUAAUCCGGUGUUUGGGUUUGGGUUUGGCUUGUCUACGAUACGGAUAAGAUAGAUAUUUUCAUGGUUGACGGAUACACAUUGGAUGCAUGACCCCCCCCCCCUUCCUUGCAUACCGC